CGAUUAAGUGUGAGGAGCUGUUUCCGCUUGUUGCCGGAAGUUCCUGUCCACAGUCAGGAUGAGCGGGACGGAGUCAGCACCGGACUCUCAGGCAGCGAUUCCCUCAAUUCAGCCUGGUCCGGCUCCAGAGAUUAAGCCUAGUCCGGCAAAUAUUCCCAAACCUGGGCCUGUCCCGCCCACUGCAGCUGCUCUACCCGCGAGGGACACGGGGGAGAGAAGAGCCAGCGUCCCUGCGUCAGCGGCUGCUGCUCCCUCUGAGGGAUCCCUCUCCAAUGGAGUCUACCUGCCCCCAGGGGUCGCAAACGGAGACGUCAAACCCGUGAUUUCCACUACUCCUCUGGUGGAUUUCCUCAUGCAGCUGGAGGACUAUACCCCCACGAUCCCUGAUGCUGUCACGGGAUAUUACCUGAACCGGGCUGGGUUUGAAGCAUCUGAUCCACGCAUUAUCCGACUGAUCUCCUUGGCAGCUCAGAAGUUCAUCUCAGAUAUUGCAAAUGAUGCAUUACAGCACUGCAAGAUGAAAGGAACGGCCUCUGGGAGCUCUCGUAGCAAAAGCAAGGAUAAGAAAUACACUCUGACUAUGGAAGACCUGACUCCGGCACUGGGAGAAUAUGGCAUCAAUGUAAAGAAGCCGCACUAUUUCACCUAGCGCCUCAGCCAAGCUUCCAUGUUGUAUGUGUCGGGCGCUAAACUCCCAUGAACUGGAUGCACAGGCCUCCGUGUUACAGCCGUGUCAGGGAAUAACAGAUGUUUAGGUUUCUGAAUUCUUCUGGUCUCACUUGUUAGAGAUCAAUAACCUACACGCUGAGCUGCACUGGCUAUGUUCGGAAUGUCUGGGGGCCAUUUAUCAACACUGGGCAGUAACCCAUGGCAACCAGUCAGAUUGCUGAAUUCAUUGUCCUAUUUGCAGCUGGCUUCAAAAAGCUAAUCAUGGAUUGUUAAUAUAGAUAAUUGCCCAUGGGCAAAUUUGCCCAGUGUUGAUAAAUGAGCCCCACUGACUCACUGCCAGUAAAUAUUGGUUAUUGGGAAAAGGCCCCAGUAAUGUAGCAGUGUAAAUAUUUAGCCUCAUUCCUUUCCACUUUCUCCUGAUUGCUAUAAAUCUUAAGUGACUGCAGUUUUUUUUUAAGUGCCAACCUUACGAUACUUUGACUUAAUAUUAUAUAUAUAUAUAUAUAUAUAUAUAUAUAUAUAUAUAUAUAUAUAUAUAUAUAUAUAUAUAUAUAUAUAUAUAUCAAGGGCAGAGUUUGUAGAAUGGGUUGUUUGUGGGCGGGAGGGAACCAUCAUCAAAGUAAAGAUUUUAUUUAUGCUGAAAGCAAUGUGGCGUCAAAUAAUAAAAGUUGUUUUUCUUUCCAAUUGAAAA